AUGCCGGCAAGCUGGCAGGGGAACGCGGAGCAGGAACGGGAGCAGGUUCCUGCGCCCGCCCCGGUGGGCUCGGAGGUGGGGGCGUCCCCUUGGCACAGGAUGGGGCUCAGGGAUGCUGAGAUCGACACCUUCAGACCCCCAACCCAAAACUCCACCUGCGCGAGGCUGCACGAGAAGCCCCCGGCCGUCGCCAACGGGGAGCUGCGCAUCAACGGCAAGGGGAAGAAGCUGCGCAAGCCGCGCACCAUCUACUCCAGCCUGCAGCUGCAAGCCCUCAACCAGCGCUUCCAGCAGACCCAGUACCUGGCGCUGCCGGAGCGCGCCGAGCUGGCAGCCCAGCUGGGGCUCACCCAGACCCAG